AAACUUUUUAUAUAGUUUUGCAGGAUCCACAAACACAUAGAACCCAAUCACAGCUCACCACAUUCAUCCACUGCUUUUUUGUUCUCUAACCCAAAUUUGUUUUCAAGUUCAUUAAGCUAUGACACUUUCUUUUUCAACUUCCAUUUUUUUUCCAAUCUUUUCCAAUUAAAGCACUUAUUUUCCUUUUUUGUGUCUUGUUUUUGUCCCAAUUUUUCUUUCCCUUUUCUUUGUUGCCCAACAUCAAGGAAAAAGGGAAUAACAAAAAAAAAAAACAGUUCUUUUUAUGUUUUUGUUUAUGUUUUUAUUUUUUAUUUUUUAUAUUCUCUCUCCUUAAACAAGCUUUUAUUUUUUCUGCUUAUACUUCUUCAACCCUUCAUAAAUUCAGUGUCUUUCUGCUAUUUCCAAAUUGGGUUUUCACAUUCAAUGUCUUAACCUUAUACCCUUUUGUUUUUUCCCUUUAUUUCUGAUUGAUUUUCCCAAUUGGGCUAUGCAUAAGUUGAACCUACAGAAAAAAGUUUUCAUUUUUAUCUUCAAGAAGAAGAAGAAUAAUUAAUUCUGAGAAGUGCUUUUUGUUUUUUUUUUAGUAUAUAAGAAGCAAAAUAAUUUCAUUGAGUUUAUAGAUCUUGCACAAGUUGGUUUCUAGGGUUAUCUUAUUGGACCAAUAAGGUAAUAGUCUUGAAUAUCAAUAUCAAUUUGGUGCAUUUUCUUUGAAUUAUUUUUGAUAAAGUUGAGUCUAUUCUAGAUUCUUAAUAAGAGUGUGUCUCUUUUCAUACACAAAAAUAAAAAAAAGAAGAAAUUCUGAUUCCUUUUGAAAAAAAAAAUGCUUAUUGAUUUUAAUUUAUCUUUCAUAUUGUUGUGGUAAAUUCUCCACCUUUGGUUCUCUUCAUUUAUCUCUUUCCUCUGUUUCAAAUAUCAUAAAGUUUUGAUUUUUCAAGUGAAAUCUUCAUAAAAGUUUUCUUUUUUCAACUUGGUUUUGGGUGAUGAAGUGGGAAAUGGAAAUUCUUUCACCAAACUCACACCCUCAUGCACCAUUUGUUCAAAAUUCCAACAAUACCAACAAUUGGUUUUUGGAAGAUUGUAGCAAUAGCAUUAACAGGAGUACAAAAUGGACUCCUGCAGAGAACAAAUUGUUUGAAAAUGCUCUUGCAGUUUAUGAUAAAGACACGCCGGAUCGGUGGCAUAAGGUAGCUGCAAUGAUCCCUGGAAAGAGUGUUGUUGAUGUUAUGAAUCAGUAUAAGGAAUUGGAAGCUGAUGUUUGUAAUAUAGAAGCUGGUUUGGUUCCAAUUCCUGGUUAUAGUACUACUGCUUCACCUUUUACCUUAGAUUGGGUGAAUUCUUCUGGUUAUGAUGGUUUUAGAGGAAUUAGUGGAAAGAGAGGCUCUUCUGGUAGAUCUCCUGAUCAGGAAAGGAAGAAAGGUGUGCCAUGGACCGAAGAAGAACACAAGUUGUUUCUAUUGGGUCUGAAAAAGUAUGGAAAAGGUGAUUGGAGAAACAUUUCAAGGAACUUUGUGAUCACUAGGACACCAACACAAGUAGCUAGCCAUGCUCAGAAAUAUUUCAUCAGACAACUUUCAGGAGGCAAAGACAAAAGAAGAGCAAGCAUUCAUGACAUAACAACAGUUAAUCUCACAGAAGUUUCUAGAACUUCUCCAACUUCAGAAGAAACCAAGAGAUCCACUUCACCAAACAUGAUUAUGAACAAGUAUUCCACUGCUAACACCACUUCUGAGAUGCAUUUUCAGCCAGCUACUAUGACAGCAUUCAAUCCAUCACAUGAACAAGUUUUCAUGUCACCUUAUGGAGUUAAUAAUAAUAACUCUUAUGGAUUUAAAAUGCAAGGUCAAAAUAUGCAUAGAAAUCCUCUUCAUGAGUCUUCUUAUUUUGGACCUCAGACACAAAACAUGGUUUUCCAAAUGCAAUCUUCUCAACAACACUAUUCACAUGCAUGAUGUUGUUGGUGAUUGGUUGUAUUGAGUUAUUUAUUAUUAUGGCUAGAACAAGUAUCUUUUGUUUGGUUUUUACUUGUAGUAGUAGUACAGUGUUUAUGCUUUUUACCAAGUUCUAUGUAAAUAUCUUGCAUUAGAAUAUUAUAGUUAGUUAGUUACUUAGUUAUUGCCUUCUUGGUAUAUGAACUUGAUUAAAGCAUUGGAAGGUAUAGACUUUUGUUUUUUUUUUACUUUAACAACCUUAAACUUAUGAAAGGUGAAAGCUGCAAGGAAAAUAUGUUCUGUAACUUCUGUUAUUGAAGGUAGUUAAGAAUAUUGAAUUUGAAGCCAAGUUCUGUUAA